UUAGGCCCGAAUGUCGUUAGCCGUGGGGAAAGAUGGCGGAAAAUUUAAAAGGCUGCAGUGUGUGUUGCAAAUCUUCUUGGAAUCAGCUCCAGGACCUGUGCCGCUUGGCCAAGCUCUCAUGCCCUGCCCUCGGAAUCUCCAAGAGGAAUCUCUAUGACUUUGAAGUCGAGUACCUGUGUGAUUACAAGAAGAUCCGCGAACAGGAGUAUUACCUGGUAAAAUGGCGUGGAUACCCAGAGUCAGAGAGUACCUGGGAGCCACGGCAGAAUCUCAAGUGUGUGCGCAUUCUCAAGCAGUUCCACAAGGACUUAGAACGAGAGUUGCUCCGGCGGCGCCACCGGUCAAAGCCACCCCGGCACCUGGACCCAAGCUUGGCCAGCUACCUGGUGCAGAAGGCCAAGCAGAGACGGGCACUCCAGCUCUGGGAGCAGGAGCUCAAUGCCAAGCGCAACCACCUGGGACGCAUCACCGUAGAGAAUGAGGUGGAUCUGGAUGGCCCCCCUCGGGCCUUUGUAUACAUUAACGAGUACCGCGUUGGUGAGGGCAUCACCCUCAACCAGGUGGCCGUGGGCUGUGAGUGUAAGGACUGCUUGUGGGCACCCGCUGGAGGCUGCUGCCCCGGGGCAUCGCUGCACAAGUUUGCCUACAACGACCAGGGCCAGGUGCGGCUGCGAGCUGGGCUGCCCAUCUACGAGUGCAACUCCCGUUGCCGCUGUGGCUAUGACUGCCCCAACCGUGUGGUACAGAAGGGCAUCCGCUACAACCUCUGCAUCUUCCGCACGGAUGAUGGGCGUGGCUGGGGUGUCCGCACCCUGGAGAAGAUCCGCAAGAACAGCUUCGUCAUGGAGUACGUGGGAGAGAUCAUUACUUCGGAGGAGGCAGAGCGGCGGGGCCAGAUCUAUGACCGCCAGGGUGCUACCUACCUCUUCGACCUGGACUACGUGGAAGAUGUGUACACCGUGGAUGCCGCCUAUUAUGGCAACAUCUCCCACUUUGUCAACCACAGUGUGGGUACCCUGCAGGUGGGCGAGGGUCGGGAAGGGCAGGCUGGUCCCCUCCUCACCCUCCUGCUAUUCUUUUUCUCCCAGUGCGACCCCAACCUCCAGGUGUACAACGUCUUCAUAGACAACCUUGAUGAGCGGCUGCCCCGCAUUGCUUUCUUUGCCACAAGGACCAUCUGGGCAGGCGAGGAGCUCACUUUUGAUUACAACAUGCAAGUGGACCCCGUGGACAUGGAGAGCACCCGCAUGGACUCCAACUUUGGCCUGGCCGUGCUCCCCGGCUCCCCCAAGAAGCGGGUCCGUAUUGAAUGCAAGUGUGGGACUGAAUCCUGCCGCAAAUACCUCUUCUAGCCCUUCGAAAUCUGAGGCCAGACUGACUGUGGGGCCUAAAGCCCAUCUCACCCACCCCCGGACCCACUUGCCCUCCUGUUGAGGAAUGACUGCCAGGGCCUCCCGCCUGCUUCCACCUCCCCCCACCUGCCCUGUGCUUGGGGUUGUGGUGAGGACUGACUGCCAGAAAUCCCCUCUCCCCGUCCCAGCUCCAUGGGUUGCACUUAACAACCCUCUGCCCAUUUUGCGAAGUAAGUUGUCAACAUCAGGUGUUUCUGCAGUUGAGAUUCACAGCCUAUCAUGGAGGUCCAAGGGCUGAGCCCCAGCCCCAGAAUAGAAAGAUGGUUAUGCACUUGCUUCAGUCUGGAGCUUGAGAGGUCUGUUGCAGGCCCUCUCCCUGCUGCUCCGGGAGUGUGGAAGCUGCCCCAGGGCAGGCAGACAUCAGAGUUCAGACUUCCCAGCCCACUCGGUGACAAAAAGAGGGUCUGCAGGGCUGGGGACUGGUUUCUGCUUAUGCUCACAUGUAGGCUUUGCAUCCCAGAAGUAGACGCCCACAUGCCACUGGAAGGAGAGUGGAUGCCCAUGGCUCACUGGUCACUGGCCAAUGAGAGGAAGGCAGUCCAGACUCUCCGAGCCCUUAAGGUGGACUGGGAUUGAGCUCUGCCCAUGAGGUGCACAGAAGGCGCCUGGGAGCCCCGUCGGCGUGUGACGACUGCUGGGACUACUCAGAGCUGGAACCAAGACCUAGGUAGGCUGUAGAUAGCACUUAGGACAAAAAUGUGCAUUGAUGGGGCGGUGAUGAGGUGCCAGGCACUGGGCUGAGCACCUGGUCUACAUAGAUUGUCUCAGGGAAGCCUUAAAAACUGUGGAGGUGGAUCCUAGGAAAGGGCCCAUAUGGCAGGAGGCCAAGUACAGUCUCAAAAGUGACCUGCCCACAGAUGUACAGAAGACGAAGGCUCUGAUGGCUGCCUCACCCCUUGCUUCCCCUGUGAGGUCUUCUCCAGGAAGCCUUCCCUGACUACCUGUGUCCAGAGUGCCCCUCUGUGAGACUGUGCCCUGCCACCAGAUCUGUGUGGCUGUCUGUGUGUCUGUGCUCCCUGCCCCUAGACUGACUUUCAGGCAUGGACUGAAUCUCAUUCUCCUCUUGUAUAUUUCUUGGCCCGACCCAGCCUGGGGUAGGCAUCAAUAAAAAGAGUUGU